AUGGCAGAGAGAUGUGCUCUGCAUGAGCUACCACAAAAGCCUGAUAUAAAAAGCUUAAUACAGCCUGCACAAGCGGGAAUUCGGGUGUCAUCACUGACUCAUCUGAUCCCAACAUCGGAGGACAUGCAGUGGGGUGACAGGCGGCCUGAACAAGGCGCUCUUAUCGCUAGUUGGGCCGUGCAGCCUGGUGCGCAUCGGGCAGGAGAGGUGGACGCUCUCCUGGCACUUGGAUGCCCUGGGAUUGUCGGCGAUGUACACAGGCCCCGUACCUCCCCCUCCCAUUUGGACCAGCGGGGGUGAUCCCGGUCCACAUGAAGGAGGUUACCGUGAUACUGUAGGAGAGUCGGAAGGAACAACUCGGGAAGAGAGCUGGUGCAGUGACUCACCUAAAUUGGCGGACACAGCACAUGUCCAUUGUCCCACCAACGAUAACAAUGAUAUCCUGGCAAAACUGGACAGAUUAUUUGAUGCCUUCUGGCACAAGCUGUAG